AUGGCUCAGCGGCGGCCCCAGCAAGGCAACCUCCGUGUCCAACUCUCAUCUGUAGUAUCCUCAAGCGGGUUAGGGACAAAGCGCUCAGGCCUGGCCGCAGGGUCCGCGUUAUCCAGAUACACAGGCCAUUUGCCUCGGUCAGUACGAGGCGGGCAGAAGGUUCCGCCUGCGUCGGGCCGGGACCCCGCGUCCUUCUUAGGGCUGCAGAACGGGAGAAGGUCGCAGCCGACUUCUGGGGAUUUCGGCCAUCAAAGGAGAGCUAGGCAGGGUGCUGAUGCCCGCCCGACCUGCGGGGGUGAAAGUGCAAGAGGAAGUGCAGCCGCUGCCAUCUUUCCUCCGUUCCGAACGCACGGAGCCUGGGGCCGCAGCGCCGCCGCUCCGCCGCCACCCGUGCCUGGCCUGGGAAAGGGCCCACCCUGCCGCUGCCACCCACUCGCUUCGGCCGCCGCCUUCGCCGGCCUCCAAGACCCGGCCUACACCACCGCUCCCGUGCGCGCCGACCGCUGCCUUCGCCUUCGCCUUUUGUUUCCUUUGCUCCGGCGCCCCCGCCCCGGCUCGCGCUUUGCAGGGGACGCAGCGCGCGCCCCCAGCGGGCCCGGGAAAAGCCUCGGAGCACGCGCUUGCGCUUGCGCGGCGGACCCCUCCUCCUCCCUGCGCGCGCGCGCGUCUUUUGGCUGCGCGCCGGCGCCGCCUGGCGGGCGGGAGGGGAGGUGGUGGCCGCGUUUGCAAGAGGGGCGCACCUCUUCGCUGGUUUACCCCCUGGAAGGUAGACCGUGA